UCUCCGAGGUUCUGCCGGCGCUGUAUCGGAAGUUGGUCUGUCCUACAGACUAUCGGACGCUGUUUGGCCAUGGACGCUAGUUUCAAACUCAAGAGCAGCCUGAAGGCCGGCUUGCUGCAGAAUCAAGUGGCCAUCGUCACGGGAGGAGGCACAGGCAUCGGAAAGGCCAUCGCGACCGAGCUUCUGCACUUGGGCUGUAAUGUGGUCAUUGCGUCCCGUAAGUUUGAUGUAUUAAAAUCUGCUGCAGAUGAACUGAAGACUCUCUUGCCCCCUACCAGCAAGUCUCAAGUCACUCCCCUACAGUGCAACAUCCGCAAAGAAGAGGAGGUGAAUAAUUUGGUCAAAUCUACCUUAGAUAUUUAUGGCAAGAUCGAUUUCUUAGUAAACAAUGGAGGAGGCCAGUUCUUUUCUCCUGGUGAAAGCAUCACUUCAAAGGGAUGGCAUGCUGUCAUUGAAACCAACCUGUCAGGAACCUUCUACCUGUGCAAAGCAGUUUACAACUCCUGGAUGAAAAAGCAUGGAGGAUCUAUUGUCAAUAUUACUAUGCUUACUAAAAAUGGAUUUCCAGGAUUUGCGCACAGCGCAGCUGCCAGAGAAGGUGUUUACAAUCUCACCAAAACCUUAGCCUUGGAAUGGGCCAGCAAUGGAGUAAGGAUCAACAGCAUUGCUCCUGGAGUUAUUUAUUCCCAGACUGCUUUUGACAACUAUGGUUAUUUGGCAGAAGACCUUUUCAGAAAACACUUGCAGAGAAUCCCAGCUAAAAGAUUUGGAGUUCCUGAGGAGGUCUCCUCCUUGGUAUGCUUCCUGCUCUCUCCAGCAGCUUCCUAUAUCACCGGACAAUUGGUAGAGGUCGACGGAGGCCUAUCUCUGUAUGGUCCUGUAUGUGAGAUACCAGAUCAUGACAACUGGCCCGAGGGACCAGGUGACCUUUCUGUUGUCAAAAGGACGAAGAUGUCUUUAAUGCCUAAAACCGAAAAACCGAGCUCUGAACUAGGGGAAGAAGGAGGUGUCCUAUGUCCCCAAAUGCCUUAACGUCUCAAGAAUGCACUUCUGUACCUUAUAGGAGCUUAUAGUUUAUAUGGAAAAAAUACUUUCUGCAUUUUAAAUGUUAUCAAUUGUGUCUAUGCAAAAACUAUUCCUGAAAUAAAUGCAUUUUUAAAGUCCAAACCAAUGCCCUUUAGCCUUUGAUUUAAAGGAAAUUUUUUAAGAAUGGAAAUUAACAUCCUUUAUGAUUAUACUUUUUAUUUCUAAGAAAGGUAUUUGAAAAAUGAAAUAAUUUCAAAUUAAUAAUAGAGGUAUCAUGAUCUCCCAAAAGGUUGUAAUAUGUAAUUAUAAAGGUAGGCAAUAAAUCUAAUUGUGGCAUCAUUAUGAUUCUGACAGCUAGAGUUAUACAGUGACUCAUUUUACCUGGCAAGUAUUUUUGUAUCAAUAAAGCUUUAUGGUAAUUAUC